GUGCAGUUUCACUUCCUCCACAGACAACCGAACAAAACCAGACCAAACUAGUUGAUCUGAAAGCGACACUCAGCAGCCUCACGGUAAAGAGAGGAUUAAACCAAUGUUUGUAGAGAGAUUACAGAAAUCAUUACUGGAGUAUUAUUGUACUAAUUGAGUUAAAAAUGGAAACUCCACCACCGUGCACCAGUCCGGUGGAAAUCAACAUGAAUGCUCAGACCGGUGGAAGACUUGCUUCUCCUGGGUUUUUUGGAAAUACCAUACAAGCUCCUUUGCACAUCACCAUCGUACAGGGAGGUCCAGAGGUUUCCAGUUCCUCUACAGUUCAGACUGGAGCCUCUUCUAGUCCUCCCACUCUCUCUAAAGAGCUGGCUACAGCAUAUCAGCAAAAACUCAAAUCUAAACUAAGGCAGGAAUAUACAAGAAUUAAUGAAGGAAUCUCACAGCAUGGAGCAUCAACCAUUCUGAAGGAGAUCUACACAGAGCUCUACAUCACAGAUGGGGAGAGUGGAGAGGUGAAUAAUGAACAUGAGGUCAGACAGAUCGAGACGGCAUCCAGGAGACCAGAAACACAAGAGAAACCCAUCGACUGCAAUGAUCUCUUUAAAGACAAACCAGUUCGAACAGUUCUGACUAAAGGAGUUGCUGGAAUUGGAAAAACAGUCUCUGUGCAGAAGUUCAUUCUGGACUGGGCUGAAGGAAAAGCCAAUCAGGACAUUGACUUUAUAUUUCCACUUCCAUUCAAAAAACUGAAUGUAAUAAAGGAACCACUGAGUCUGAUGGAGCUUCUUCAUCACUCUUUCCAUGAACUAAAUCAAUUACAAUCUGUAGACUGUGAUACUCAUAAAAUCCUGUUUAUUUUUGAUGGUCUGGAUGAGUGUCGACUUCCUCUCAAUUUUCUAAUUAAUGAAUUGCUGUGCGAUGAAAGACAUAAAGCCUCAGUGGAUGUGCUUCUAACAAACCUCAUCAUGGGGAAUCUACUCCAGUCUGCUCUCAUCUGGAUAACCUCUCGACCAGCAGCAGUCAAUCAGAUCCCUCCUGAGUAUGUUGAAAGGGUAACAGAGGUCCGAGGGUUCAGUGACCACCAGAAAGAAGAAUACUUCAGGAACAGAAUCAGAAACCAGUUCCUGGCCAAUAACAUCAUUAAACAUGUGAAGUCCUCUAGAAGUCUCUACAUCAUGUGCCACAUUCCAGUCUUCUGUUGGAUUGCAGCCACUGUUCUAAAAAGAUUGUUAGGUACAGCAGAGGCUGAAGCAGUUCCAAAGACUCUGACUCAAAUGUUCACACAUUUCUUAAUCUUUCAAAUCAAACACAGGGAUCAAAAGUAUCAAGGAAAAUGUGACCCUGAUCCUCACAAGACUAAAGAGAGUAUAUUGGCCCUGGGAAAAUUGGCUUUCCAACAGCUGGAUAAGGGCAAUCUGAUCUUCUAUGAGGAAGACCUGAAAGAGUGUGGAAUUGAUGUCUCAGACAUGUCAGUACUCUUAGGUGUUUGCACCCAGAUCUUUAGAGAAGAGUUUUGGUUGCACUUAAGUAAAGUGUACAGCUUUGUUCACCUCAGUGUUCAGGAGUUUCUGGCUGCAUUAUAUGCAUAUCUCACAAAACAGCUGACCACUGAUCUCUCUGAUAUUUCCAAACAGUCCACAAUGUCAGACUUCCUCAAGUCUGCAGUGGACAAGGCAUUGCAGAGUGAGAAUGGACACCUGGACCUUUUCCUUCGCUUCCUUCUAGGUCUCUCACUGGAGUCCAAUCAGACUCUUCUACGAGGUCUACUGACACAGGCAGGAAGGAACUCUCACAACACACAGGAAACAGUCCAAUACAUCAAGGAGAAAAUCAGGGAGAAUCCCUCUCCAGAGAAAUCCAUCAAUUUGUUUCACUGUCUAAAUGAGCUGAAUGAUCAAUCUCUACUGGAAGAAGUUCUAGAAUAUGUGAUCAGAAGAGACCACAUGUGUCUCAGUAGAGUCAGUCUGUCUCCUGCCCAGUGGUCAGCUCUCGUCUUUGUGUUGCUGAACUCAGAUGAUGUGCGGGAGGAGUUUAAUUUGCGGAAAUAUGACCGAUCAGAGGAAUGUCUUCUCAGGUUGCUACCAGUGGUGAAAGCAUCUAGAAGAGCUGUGCUGUGCAACUGUAAUCUCACAGAGAAAUGCUGUACACCUCUGGCCUCAGUUCUCAGCUCAAAAGCCUCAAAUCUAAGAGAACUAAACUUGACUAAUAAUGAUCGGCUGCAAGACUCAGGAGUGAAGCUGCUCUCUGCUGGACUGAAGAGUUCACACUGUAAACUGGAGAUACUUAAGUUAAGUGACUGUGACCUUACAGAGGAAAGCUGUGCAGCUUUAGCCCCAGCUCUCAGCUCAAAGUCUUCAUGUCUAAAAGAACUAAGCUUGAGCUUCAAUGAACUGCUGCAAGACAGAGGAGUGAAUCUACUUUGCACUGGGCUGAAGAAUCGACACUGUAAACUGGAGAUACUAGGGCUGUCUAACUGCAGUAUUACUGAUAAAGGAUUUGUUGCCCUGGCUUCAGCUCUGAAAGCAAACCCUUCUCAUCUGAGAGAACUGAACCUGAAUCGCAAUAAACCAGGAGAAUCAGGAGUGAAGCAGCUUUCUGAUCUACUGGAGGAUCCACAAUGUAAACUGGAGAAACUAUUCAUCUGAAUUCCAAACAGCUGAUCUGCUGGGUUAUGAGAAGAGAAAGUCUCGGUAUGUUUUUUUUUACAGAAGAAAAAGUGAUUCACCUGAAUGUUGAGCACAUUGAACAGUAUUUCUAGUAUUUAUAUUACUAGUUAUGUAAGUAUUAUGCUUUGCUUGUUUUUUCUGUUUUUUUUUUCUAUUAAAUAAAAAACAUUUUGCAGUGUG